AUGCAAGAACAUACCCAAGGUGAAGAAUCAGAAAAUGAGCAUGGCGCUGGUGGAUAUGAAGGAAUGGACGUGCAAGAUAAUGAAAGUUUGGAUGAAGAUCGACAAACAUGCAAAGAUACCCUUGCUGAAGCAGUUUCUUAUUUUGUAGCGAACAUGAAAGCAACUGCUAUACCAUAUUCCAAUGUGCAACAGAUCAUAUAUGAAGUUGAAGGGCUGGUGGAGAUCAUUGCUAAUCAUCUACAGCAUAAGCUUUCCUCUAUUGUGGAAGAGGUUCAAACACAGUUCAAGGAGGCAAAUCUCUCAAAAUUUGAAACAGUUUUUCAAGAAUGUGAGGUUGUAAAAAAAACCUUUGAAGGCCUUCGAUCACAGUACCAACAGGACAAAUACUUCAAAGAUAAGGGAUAUUUCAUCAGCCCAGAGGAAAGGGUGCUGGGUCAGUCAUUCACAUCACAGAGUGAUACCUCAACUGGAGGAGUAAAACAGAAAGUAAAAAAUGACAGCUUCCAAUAUGUUCCCAUGAAGAAAACACUCAGGAAACAUCUGGAGCAGCCAGGAGUGAUGGCUGCAAUUCUUCAUCAACAACCCUGUGAGGAUGGCUUGUUGUUACAGUCCUAUCGCGAUGGAAGUUACUUUAAGGGUAAAUUUUCUGCAAGUGCCGAUGUUGUCAUCCCUAUUCUAUUUUUGGACCCUCGGGUAACAGCAAUACCAAUUCAGCUACCAAGGGAUAUGCUUGACUUUGGACCGGAAACGGCUUCUUUUGAUUGUCAGUCAAUGCUGAGUUCCAGUUCGGACUUCAGUGAAGUUGCACCUGUGUUAGGCAACACCAGUAACAGGGGAUGUUUCCAGUGCAGCCUCUUUGUCAGACUCGGACAGUUGGGCUUCUUUUCCAUUGUCACAGAUGUCACCCCCACCCAUGAAAGACAGAAGAGACUUUUGUUUGUAAUCAGGCAUCAACUAGUCAGGAUAUUAGUGAGCUACUUGAUUUCCCAUCAUGGAAAAAACCCUGGUGCAUUUGAAAAGAGUGCUCUGGCUGAGAGUGUGAUUGCUGCAUUCCCAAGCCUGAAAGACCCUCAAGGAAUCACAGGAUAUGAAGCCUUUUACACUAAAGGAUCCAAAGGAUGCCCUGCAGGUGGUUAUCUUGAAGAACACUUGCGUUAUGUGAGGAAAAAUAUGAUAAGAAAGGAGGAAGUUGGAGAGCAUCAAGGAAGGAAGGAGGAAGUUGGAAAGCAUCAAGUUAAUGCAAGUGCAGCAACUCCUGAUGAACCCGAUGAGAAGCAAGAGACAGCCGAAGAUGUACUUGCAAAGGUUCAGUGGCUAAAGGACAACUGUGCACCUACUACCAAAGUCAAAGAGUACAUGUCAUUGACAUCAAAGCACAGGGCAGAAUGGGUGAAAGAUAGGGAGAGAACUGUUGCAGAAAUCUUGGAGGAGUUCCCCAGGCUGCUUGGUAUUGGGAUGAUUGAGCAAGACUUCCAGCUGAUGUACCCAAAAGUUGCUGACAGACUGACUGACAAAUGGGGCGGCUUGUCGGACUCACUGAUAGAUUAUGCCACACAGAUGUUUCCUCUUUGGAAGGAUGUGUUAGGUCUUGAUGCCAGUACUGAUGUAAAGAAACUGACAGAAGAUGAGAAGAUCAACCUGUCAUUCUUUGUCAUUCCAAUGAUAUUUGAUGGCUGCGACAAAAAGAAAACUGGUGGCAGAUUUGGGCCAAAGGAAACAAUGAAAGCCUUUAUUGAUGUACAACUGGAUAUUGUGCACAUGCCAACGUACUUAGAAAAAAUUGACGCGACAAAACAUCCUCAGCCAUUCCUGCUCGUCCUGUACAGUGAAUCAGUGCUAAAACCUUCCAGUGUAUUUGUGAUUAUUGAGAAGAACACAAUUCCGCAACCAUCCCUACUGAAGGCCAUAGAUGUCUGCUAUAAGGCUCACUUCAUACUCGACUGUAAAUACCAGCAACUUUGCACAAGUGUGUGGAAAUUCUUUGAGAGGUAUAUUUUCAACCAGCCUGGAAUUCCAACAAACAAAGACAGUCCAACUCUAAGAGCCCUGAGGGCAUUUUUGGCUUUCCGAAAUUUUCCAUGAAAGCUUCCCAGAUUGACCAUGGGCUGUUUGACAUUUUGUUGUUUACCUAUUCAUUCAUUCCUUGUUACAGUGCAGACUCAUUAAUGGUCAUGACAUUUGCCUUGUUUAGAAUCGUAUGACUGUCAAGAAAUUAGAUAGUAAGACUAUGGGGGGAAAACAUGGUUGUUCUUUGACAGGUUACUUAAUCUUUCAAACCUCUAUUUGCUUUCAAACUUAAAAGAAACAAACAAUACUACAAAAAUCAUGACAGUUAAAACUAGUUGAAUGCAAUUGAAAGAUGUAUUAAUUUAUUUUUUGUUUCUCUUACUGGAAACAAACUCUUAUAGUGUUAUGUAUAAAGUAUCUCAAUCAUACAUUUUUGUAAAACAAGGGCAGACUUUGCAGAAUUGUGUGGAAGAUCUUUGAGAGGUGUAUUUUCAACCAACCUGGACUUCCAACAAACAAAGACAGUCCAACUCUAGUACAGGCCUGAGAGCCUUUUUGACUUUCCGAAAUCUUCCAUGAAAUUUUCCCAUCUCAAUCAUGUUUUGUUUAAAACAAAGGCAGAGCUUGGGGAAUAAGGGGUUUGCCCUUUACCAACACUUUGAAAUUAACCCGGCUGUAAUAAAAUACAUGCCCCUAGAUGGACCCCCUUCUGAAAACUCCUGAAUCCGCCUAUGUUAAGGGGUGAUAAUUCAAACUGUUUAUAUUUUAUAUUUAAAAUAAUAACAGACAUCAACAACACCACUACCUCAAGAUUUUAAUUAAGAAGCAAGUGUAAAACAUUGUUUUCAACUUAACAAAGUCUGACUAUGUUGUACACCAAGUUGAUAAUAUGAUUAUCGUUUUUUAUGAAGAACAAACCCUGAAUAUUAUGUUUACUACUCGUUGUAUUCAACUCGUUUAAUUUACACACUGUAGUGCUUGUUAGCAAACUUGUUUAAAGAUAAGUUCUGUACUUUGAUUAAUUUAUGUAGACUAUUCCGAGUGUUGUCGGCAAAGUAACACAAAUUGACACAACUCGACACUUAACAUUCAGUUUAUUUGCGUUUUUCCAAAGGUUCACGAAAGAAGUCUAUUGGCGAGUUAUUUUUGACAUACGUUUUAUUAGUGCACAGUUGUCUUUAAAAAAAAGGGCAUUACAAGCAAGUUUCCCAAAGGUUUAAUUUUGAUAAACUAAAAUUUGUUUGUUAACGAAAGUCUUUUGCAAUUUUUAGGUUACUUUUAGUCAAGUUUAUUUAUUAAGCCAAAUUGUUACUGUUCAGAAACAAAAAGAAAGGCAAGGCAAGCAAGCACCAGUUGUUUGAGAUUUGUUUAUAUUUUUAUUGGCAUGUUAUUUAAUACAAGUUGUUGUGCCAUUUUUGAGAAACAAACAAAAAGAAAGUAAAAACAAGCAAGUGUGUGUUUCAAAAGCUUUAACUUCGGUAAUUAUAAGAUUAUGUGUGUGAAAGACAUUGCUGAAAGAGCAAGUUACAUCAUGUUCUAAUUGUUUUUAUAAAACAAAUGUUUUUUUAUAGAGCUAUUUACAAAUCAUUUUUUCACGAAUUUGUUUCGCAAAUAAUUUUUGAUCCUUGAAAAGCCUCACAUAUAUUUUACUGACUACUAAGUCUGUUUAUCAAAAGAAGGUCCUACCUUUGAGGUUGCUUAAAUUGUUGAAGCGUACUUUCAGUGCAGUUAAGAAAGUUCAAUAAAUAAAACAUAAACAAAGGAAUUGCAUUAACUGUUUAUUUUCUUUCCCAGCAUGUGUGUAAUUCAUUUAAAAUAUUCCAACAACAAUGGUUAAAAUAUUUACCAACAUUUGGUGGGAAAAGUGACCAAUUUAUGUACAGAAAUUUAAACGAACCCAAUAAUUGGAUACAGCAUUUACCAAUACAUGGUGGGAAAAGUGACCAAUAUGUGGUCAGAAAUUUAAACAA